GCAUGGAGCUCCGGAAGGCCAGGCAGAGGGGGGCGCAAGGCAAUCCAGCAUUCAUGGCAGCGCAGAUCGCUUCCAGCCGGUGCUCUUUCCUGCUAGUUUCUUGUUCCUAGACGCCUCUCCCACACCAACAACCUCCGCAGUUCCCUCUCUCAAUGGAUUCAUUUCAGACUGCACAGACGUUGAGCUUGCCCGCCGAGCUAGGCAGCAACAACUUAGAACUGACGGAGCUGGCGGAGCCGGAAGAGCGGGAGGCAUCAGUGGCCGGUGGAGACUUAGCAGCUCACCGGGAGGCGACUCCCGAGAGCUCUGAACCUCCCCUGACUCAAGAGCUGGAGCAAACACAUCCUCCUCCCGGGACCUCGACGCCACCAGAGUGCAAAGUCCUGCUCACACAGGCAGACGCCUUGGCAUUCAAUGGGCGCCUUCGGGAAGCCCUCGAGGUGUACAGACAGCUCUCCCAGAGGCAUCAGCUAGUAGCAGAGCAGCUGGAGCAGCUGGUGCGCUGCCUGGCGGAGAGCGUCCCGCAAAAGGAGAUGGUGGCGCCAGCUCCCUCUGACCAGAGCUGCACUUCAAGCUGCUGCAAGGCGGCCAUGGAAAAGGCAGGGGAGGCUGCUGCCGUGGCCCCCGAGGUAUGGGAUGGCUUUAAGUGCCGGAAGUGUCACGGAUUUCUCUCGGACCCUGUGUCCUUGUGGUGCGGCCACACCUUUUGUAAACUGUGCCUGGAACGUGGGCGGGCCGCCGAUAGGCGCUGCGCGCUGUGUGGGGUCAAGCUCUCAGCUCUCAUGGUGGCCAGUGGGAGGGCACGCGAGACGCGGCGGGCUGGGCAGCAGGCGCCACUGCAACUGAGAGUCAACGUGGUACUCAGCGGCCUUCUGGGCAAGUUGUUUCCGGGCCCCGCGCGGGCGUCACAACUCCGGCAUGAGGGCAACCGGCUGUAUCGUGAGCGCCAGGUGGAGGCAGCUCUGCUCAAGUACAACGAGGCAGUUCGGCUGGCUCCAAAUGACCAUUUGCUUUAUAGCAAUCGGUCUCAAAUUUAUUUCACCUUGGAAUCUCAUGAGGAUGCACUGCACGAUGCAGAAAUAGCAUGUAAACUCCGGCCAAUGGGUUUUAAGGCACACUUCAGAAAAGCACAAGCAUUAGCCACCCUAGGCAAAGUGGAGGAAGCACUCAGAGAAUUUCUCUACUGUGUAUCCCUUGAUGGAAAGAACAAGAGAGCCAGAGCUGAAGCUCAAAGGCUUCUCUUUAGUUUCUUUUCACCAUCAGUCCCAGGGGAUUCUCAGGAACAUUCUCCCGAUAUCCUGAAGCUGUUGGCACCUCACCCUAGAUUAAAGGAACACGUAGAGUCAAUGGCUACUGAAGGCACCAGCCAUAAUCUACCAAAGUUGUCACAGGAAAAUCUGGAGCUUCCACAUUGUUCUAGUCAGGAGGAAGCAGCAGCUAGGGAAGACAGCAGCAGCCCAGUGAACUCAAUUCAAGUAAAGGUGGGUAGUCAAGAAGACGGUGAGAAAGAGCAGGAAGAAAAGGAGCAGGAUGCUGCCCCCAUCAGGACCGGCAAAUGCCAGAAAAAGAAAAGAAACCAUUGCCAAAUUGAAAUCCAAGAAGACAUGGAAUUGCCUAAUAAAGUCUUCAAACAAGAUCUUCCUGCUGAUCAGGUGGCCAAACCAGAUCUCAGUAUUCCACUUGCAUCUUUUGAUGCAUCUGACCUUGAAUGCUCACUGUGUAUGAGAUUAUUCUAUGAGCCAGUCACAACACCUUGUGGGCACACUUUUUGCUUGAAAUGUCUUGAGAGAUGCCUAGAUCACAAUGCAAAGUGUCCACUGUGCAAAGACGUUCUUUUCCAGUGUUUGCCAUCAAGAAAAUAUAGCAAAAAUGUAAUAAUGGAAGAACUAAUAGCUAAAUUCCUGCCAGAAGAACUCAAGGAGCGAAGGAGGCUUUAUGAAGAGGAAAUGGAAGAACUUUCUAACUUAAACAAGAAUGUGCCUAUUUUUGUGUGUACCAUGGCCUAUCCCACUGUUCCUUGUCCCUUGCACAUCUUUGAGCCUUGUUACCGUCUGAUGAUUCGGAGAUGUAUUGAGACAGGCACGAAACAGUUUGGAAUGUGUCUUGGAGAUCCUGUCAAAGGAUUUGCAGAAUAUGGCUGCAUCUUAGAGAUCAGAAAUGUCCAGUUCUUUGCUGAUGGAAGAUCGGUAGUUGACAGCAUAGGCAAGAGGCGCUUCAAGGUGCUCCAUCAGGGCCAGCGGGAUGGCUACAACACAGCUGACAUUGAAUACAUCGAAGAUCAAAAGGUGCAGGGAGAAGAUUGUGCUGAACUUAUGGGAUUACAUAACUGUGUCUAUGAACAAGCAUCAUCAUGGUUUCAUUCGCUCAAAACAUCUCUGAAGAAUAGGAUACUAAGUCAUUUUGGUCCAAUGCCAGAAAAGGACGAAGAUCCUCAGGUUAAUCCAAAUGGUCCAGCCUGGUGCUGGUGGACAUUAGCGGUUCUUCCCCUGGAAAGCAGGGCUCAGCUUCCCUUCCUAGCAAUGAGGUCCUUAAAGGACAGAUUGAAUGGUAUUCGACGAAUCCUGGCCUUUAUAUCCAGAAACCAAAAUUAAUGGGACCGGAUUGCGGAAGAGGAGUUUCUACCCUCCCUACUGCCCCAGAACAAUGUUCUUGCAAAUACAUCUAAUUGCAAUAACACCUUAUCAGAAGAUGGUACCCUAGAGAGAUGUUACUCUACUUUUUGACCACACAGAAAUUGAAUAGAAAGGAUUUGACCUGUUUGACUUUCUGUCUUCAGAUGCUUCUUGACACACUGCACUACCACACAAACCACAGAGGUGUGGAAGAGCCCCCCAAAAGCUGAUGUUUAGCAUCAAUUUUUCUGAGUGUUGAAAGUGAUUUGUCUUUCAAAGCUGAGUGACUGUAUGGUUGAAAUGUGAAGGAGAGAUACUAACAUCACUACAUUCUUUCACUGACUUGAGGUCUUAUUUCAAAUGGUUCAGGUUUUAUAGAGCAUUGUGUAAAAUAAUGUUCAUACUUCUUUCUGUUUUAAUAAUUUAUUUUUUGCACUACUGUAUCCUUUUUCUACAUGUACGUUUGUAACUAUUUAAGUGUACAUUACUGAAAAAUUCAUUGCUUUAUUUAUUGAUGUGGUUGACUAUGUAUGUAGGGGGAAUAAUAGUACUAAAUAUGUGCAGUGUUUUUUUCUUUACUCAGUUUUUGCUGAAUUAAUACCAGUUCUUGAGCUCCUUUUAUAUAGCUCAUAUCUAUCCUAAUGGACUAAGUUUAAAAGAACUUCAGAAGGAUUCUAAGGUAUUUAUCUUCACAGAUUCCACUUUUUCUGACUGAAUUAAGCAAUAGAAAAUAUUUAAUUGAUUUGGCAUAGAUUGGGACAUGUGCCAGAGUAAAGUAAAAGAAUCCAUUUUUUUUUGUGUGCGUUAAAUACAGGAUAAGGCUGAAAGAAGUAUUCAAGAACAGAGAGAUGAAGUAGAAGUGUCUUUUAUUACAAUCUGUUAUAGGUAUUUGUUUCAGGAAAUCUGAUUAGAAAUGUGUUAAUUUCUCCCCAGUGCAGUUAGGGAUAAGAUUAAUACUUACCAGUUUUUUCAGAGAUAUGGCUUUCGGUUUGACCUGCCUAUCCCACAUCUUCUCAUAGUUCUGAGGAUCAAAACAUGUACCAACAUGCGCUGAAAUACUCGAGAGACUGUUUCUUUUCUAAAGUGUAAAGAAAUCAGGUAGGUUAGAACCCCUAAAGAUACAGAGGGUGAAUCCAUGAUUUUAUGUAAACACUGCCUUCCCUCCUGGUAACCAUGGGCCAAAGAUUUCGACGCAGGGAGAGAAAAGACAGGAAAGAUGUAGGAGUAGCAUUCAUCAGGUUGCUUAGUGCUAGCAGGAGUCUUUCCAUGUCAGAGAAACCUGAAAAAUCGAAUGUUAAAAUGACAAAGGAGAAAAUGAGAGUCAGGAAAAGUGAAUUGUCACAUUUUGAUUCUUAUGCAAACCACUCCCAGGUGGUCUGUUAUUCACAUAUAGUCCCUCCACUCUGUUAACAGGUGAGAGAGAGAAAGAGAGAGAGAGAGAGAGAGAGAGAGAGAGGAGAAAAAGAGAGAAUAAGUCUGGGUUCUUCUAUAACCACCAGAAACAUGAAAGAGGUGGUGUGUGUGUGUGUGUGUGUGUGUGUGUGUGUGUGUGACAGAGAGAGAAAGAGACAGAGAGAUAUGCUUGCUAAAUGCUAUAAAGAGACUCCUGUAAGUAAAAUGCAAAUGCUCAUCUGCACUUGCUUAAUGGAAUAAUGUGGGUUGGUGAAGAAUGCAAGUGAUUGGAAUGUAAAUACAGGAGGGGAUACCACCCAAGUUAAGUCUAGAGGGCUCAGAGAGUGGAAAACUGCCACCUGCCACCCAACCAUAUGAUCAUGGCAAACUCUUAGUGGUAUGGUUGCUUCCUAUUCUAUAGUGCAAACAUAACAAAGAAGGUCAAAAGCAUCUUCACUUACUACAAUAUGUUACUUAGGCAAGUAAUUUAACUUUCAUUGAGCCUCAGUUUUCUUAUAUAUGAAAUUACUCUUGUGCGUGCUAAAACUGGAAUGAUACAGAGAAGACAAGCAUGGCUCCUUCACAAGGAUGGUAUGCAAAUUUGGAUACUGUUCUACAUAUUUUAUUAAAAGAUAAAAUGGUGGCGAUAUUAAUAGCAUAUAGGCUUGUUAGGAACAUUAAAUGGGACAUGUCAGAAAUUACUUAACACAGUGCCUUGAUGAUGGGAGAUAUUUGUUAAGCUAUAACUAUUAUCAGCCAUGUUGCAGAAUAUCAUCAAUGGUCUGCAGUUGCAUGAAGCACUGCCUUUACUUGCAAUACUCAUUAGCAGCAGCUAUAAGCUUGAUUGGGAAUAUCCAAACCACUGAUUCUUGGACCACAAUUUGAUAGUUUGCAAGUAACUCCUAUUGGGGUUAAGACUGGGAAAGUAGGGCUGGAGAUACAGCUAGGUUGCUAGUGUUUGCCUUACAUGCAUGGGGCACUGUGUUCUCCAUCCAGUAGUGUAAAAAAAAAAAAAAAGAUGUAAGGGAAAUAAAGAUUGGAGAGCAAUUGAGGGUUAGAGGUAGGGACUAAUUUCUAUGCCAUGAAGAUGGUUCCCAUUUUUAAUAAGGGCUAAAAAAAAUAGUGUUAUAUUGGUGGCAUCUAGAAUUUCUGAUAGAAUGGAAGCUUAAGUUCGGACUUCAUAAAAAUAACCUUCCCUGUUCUUCAAAAUGUGUUGAGAAUCUCAACUAUAUCAGAAUAAUUAGAUUUCACCAGCUAUGGUUUUUGUACAUAGUCUAUGGUAUUUCUUUAUGCUGCCUCAAAUAACAGGCUCUACAAAUGAUGUGUUGAGAACCUAUCAUGUACCAGGUACUAAACUGAGUGGUCUCACUCACCUCAGCACAUGAAUAACCUUUUAGACAGCACUGUUAACCCCACAUAUGGAUACAAACAGAGGGGCUCAGCAAUUUUAAAGAAUAUGCUUAUGUAACAUGUUCAUUAAGUGGCAAAGCUUGAUGCUGUACCCAUCACAUAGCAGAUCGAGGAAUUUGGUUUCCUGAUAAAAUUCCAUUGAUAAAAGGGUACCCAAUUUGAGCACUUGUAAAACUUGGCUGGACUAAAUAGCACUUUCCUCUGAGCAGUCUAGAUCCAUGUUGAGCUGGAGAGCCAGCUCAUGUUGCAGUAAUAGCAAGAAGUAGAAUAGUAGGUUUUGACUUUCUUUGGAAUGUAUAUGGGUAGGAUAAUUGUUGAUCGUGACCAUUUUUAACAUUUGCAGAUGGGUUCUGUUUCUAAGCGCAGUCAUGAGAAGUAUAGAGAUAAAAGCUAAACCUCAAGUGGAAGGACAAGAUUCCUCCUUGUAGACAGUGCCACUUUCUUGAGUUAGUCUUCCUUUCUAUGUGACUUCAUGAUUGACUCAGCUCUUUCCUUGUAAAUUAAUUUCUGUGUGUGUAUGUAUUUAUGUGUGUGUAUGUAUGUAUGUAUAUGUAUGUAUGUGUGUGUGUAUGCAUACACACAGUACACUAGGUAGCAAGCAGACCUUAUGCCUUUCUGUUUUGUACCAUACUAUUGCUGCUAGCUAAAAACCAGCAAAAUGUAGAAAGUGAAAUAGGAAGAAACUACUUUUCGGUGGAUAAUUUGAAGAAAAGGAUGCUUGCACCUCACUUUGGGGGGGGUGCAAAGAAUUAUUCCAAUAGCUUGCCUUUUCUGAAGGCCAACUGCUUCAGUUCAGUGCUGCCUCAGUAGCAGGGUUGAGUUACGAUGGCACAUGUGGUGCUGCCAUCUCUACCUGUGGAGCUGGCCUGGGUUCAGGUAAACUCCUGUGACUAACCACAGAAGCCUCAGAGCUCCCAUGCCUGGGUCACUGCACCCAGAGGUCUCUUACUGUCAACAGGUUGUGUCCUGUUAAUGGACUGUAACCCCCCCCCCAGGGCCUGCAUUCCCUGUGCCAACUCCAUUUCCAGCAUGUGAAUUUUAGCCAUUGAUUCAUUCCUUGAGUUCCCAGCUUGUGAAAUGUGUGUCCAUUUCUACUCAUCAAGGUAGAAAUGGGCAGUUUGUAAGCUUGUUUUUGAAUCUAAGGAAUGAGGUUUUAAUUCUGGAUCGAAGAUAGCUCUGAAAAGCAAACAGGGCAUAGGCUUGGCUUUCUGGUGUUUAUAAUGUACAGAGGACAGGGAGGAAAAGGAGCUAUACACAAUCUACACAUUCAAUUCAUUUUAGAAUGAUAGAUCCUGCUCACUCUAGUGCUUAGUCACUUAGUAAUCUGGAUUGUGCACAUCCAGAGGUGAAAUGAAGAAGUGGGUGUUUUCACUUAGAAGUGGGUGUUUCCAAACAUGUUAAUUAACCUCCAGAAAGAAGUGCCUGGAACUGCUGUUCCUGGUGUUACUUUAAAGCUUUUGCUUCAUGACUUUGUAGCAUUUAAAAACUGUUUGCAGCCACAAAUGUGAUUAACAGAAGUUUACAAAGCAAUACUGUACCUUAUGCAUUAUCUUAAAAGUCUGUGGACCUCCAUCUAUUGUUCAAGCAAUGAUGACAACCAGUAAGAUAAAGAGACAGCAAACGGUUCAGUGUGGCCCCAUUGGCUGAUGUUAGAUAAACUAGUUCAUUCUUGUGUGCAGUUCUUUGUAAUGCCAGGAUUAAAACAUCAAGCAAACCACUUAAACAGUGGCAAGCGAGUAUGUGUGUCUGGUUUCCAUUUGUUUGUUAAGCAGCCAUUUUACUUUUACACAGUCAUGAGUUGAAGGGAAAUUAAGAUAACACUCCCUCCCCACCAAUGCUAUUCAACUACCUCUAUAUGCCUGAUUUCUUUAAAAGGGUUCCCUUCUUCUAAAUCUUCAAGACAUAGUUUCAGCUCAUCUAUGUUGUAAUCGUAAUGUGAUAUAGACAGUCUCUGUGAAAAUUGUUUGUUCAUUAAACAAAAACUUCCUGUUA